UACAACGAUCAAUCGGCGUCGCCUCGUCGGAGUAGCUACGAGACCGGCCAGCAACUCCUAGUCCUAGGCAGCCGCGCGCCUCGUCGGACGAAAGGCAAUGGGACGUCUGUCUAGCGGCGGCGGCGGUGCUCAGCAGCCCAAGCUCCGCAAGGGGCUGUGGUCGCCGGAGGAGGACGAGAAGCUGUACAACCACAUCAUCCGGCACGGCGUCGGCUGCUGGAGCUCCGUGCCCAGGCUGGCCGGGCUGCACCGGUGCGGCAAGAGCUGCCGCCUGCGCUGGAUCAACUACCUCCGCCCCGACCUCAAGCGCGGCAGCUUCUCGGCGCAGGAGGAGGACCACAUCGUCGCGCUCCACGAGAUACUAGGCAACAGGUGGUCGCAGAUCGCGUCGCAUUUGCCGGGGCGGACGGACAACGAGAUCAAGAACUUCUGGAACAGCUGCGUCAAGAAGAAGCUCCGGCAGCAGGGCAUCGACCCCGCCACCCACAAGCCCAUCGCCCUCGACACGGGGGCACUGCCGGACACCACCGAAGACGAAGACCGCAAGCCGCUUGUUGCCGCGGACUGCCCAGCAGUUUUGAAGCAGUCGGCGCUGUUCGACCCGUUCCCGGCGUGCGCCGACUUCGACGCCGGGUUCGGAGCCGACGGCCUCGGCGCGGCGAACGCUGCGGCAUUGUACAGCCAGUUUAUCGGCGGCAGCGGCAAGGAGGACGAAGAUGCCGGGUUCGGCGCCGCCGACUACAGCAGCGUGCUGGACGUGUCGGAGAACCUGGGCUACGGCGGGGAGAGCUCAAGCAACAGCAGCAACUGGAACGAGGUGGGCAGCGUGCUGGACGCCGGCGACGCGCUGCACUGGGCCAAGACGGAGCCAUUCGCGGACAUGGAUAAGCUGCAGCAGCACGGCGGGUACGGAGGAGGAUCGCUGCCGCCAUGCCACGAACAGAGCCUGGCAAAUUUCGAUUUCAACUUGGAGUACUUCUGAUCUACAUUUUUCUUCCCUCCAUUUUUACCUUAUUAAGUCACCCCGAUUCCCGCAUAUGCUUACACGGCAGGACAGUGACAGUACAGAACCAUUCAAAAGGUUAAUUAUAUAGAGACUGUAUGUAAUACGUAGACUAUUCUGUGUUACUCUCUAAGAUAAGAGAAGAUACAGCCGUAUAGACAAUGCGGUCGAUCGUUACCGUUAUGUAAUUGUAGUAAAACACUUGUAAGAAAUAAAGAUUUUGUACUUUGCAUCGUA